AUGUCGCCUCCAUCUGCCAUGACAAGCCAGCCACAUGCACUCACUUUCCAGCCGAAUACCAGCGGCGUCCUUGGAGUCUCCACUGCUAGUGGGCCAAGCAAUAGCCUUAUUGUCCAGGUCCCCUCCAGCCAUACGAGUCAUCAACCAACCGGAUCCGAUACCACUAGUGUUCAGCAAAAUCAACAACAGCAGCAGCUUCAAAUGCACUUACAGGCGGCCGUCCAACACUUGGUACAGCAUCAACAACAACAACAGCAUCGUCAGACAUCUGUAGUCGACCAACUGAAUCAGACAAGCCUUCAUUCAAGUCAUUUGCAACAACAACAGCAAUCCCUUCAACAGCAACAAUUUUUGAUCCAACCUCAGGUGCAUGAGGCCCAUCAUCUGCAAGCCCUUACCCCGUCUAUUGUUCCUGGACAGCAUGUCCAUCUUAAUUCAUCCACGGGUAUGCUUGUUGGAGGAAUUGUGUGUAGCGCUAAUUCAACGACAGUUACCGCUUCGGUGAGUGAAGCUGUGGCUGCCGGUGAGGUUGGCCGUGUUAGUGGCGAUUCAUAUCUACAAACAACAGAACCAAGCCAUAUGGCGCAUUCACUACAAGCCACAGACCAUCAACUUCAACAGCAGCAGAUUACCGCUGUGCAGAUCCAUCAUCCAGGGCCACAUCAACAUCAAUUUUCACAGCAGCAUCAAUCCCAUCAACUUCCACACCAGCAGCAGCAGCAAUUUCUGCAACUGCAACAGCAACAGCAGCAAUCACAGUUGCUGCAGCAGUCAGUUGCUACAACUGAUUCCCGAAAUGCUCAAAUUGCUUUCACUGAUUUGGCUUCAAUAUUAAAUCACCAACAACAGCAGCUACAAUUGCAGCAAUUUCAACAACAGCAGCAUCAAUCUCAUAUACAAAUUCAAAAACACCAUUCGGACCAACAGCAGCUUUUUCAGCAGCAGCAACAACAACAACUUGAUAUCCAGGCCCAGCAACUUCCAGCACAGACUGAAGCCCAGAAGAUUCAACUGCAUGCCCAAACUCAAUACCAACAGCCUCAUCAGUCCCAGCAACAACGGUACGUUGGUUUUAACGCCUUACCCCAAUUCAACCAACAAUUAUAUCACCAGUCAACGCUCCAACAACGGCCACCACAACAGCAGCCACAGCCUCAGUUAAGGCCUCAGCUUCGUCAAUAUUAUGUAAGUAUACUUAUAUAUAUAUAUAACCAAAACGAAAUUAAGGGGAUAAAAUAG